AUGAAAGAAUUCAUUAAACUCAAGACAGAACUUGCUGACGUCAUUAAAUUAAUUCCUGACUUAGAUUGUAAAACAAAUAGUGAUGAUAAAGAAAAAGUAAAGAAAUUGUCUGGUAAGGACCUCGAAAGUGCCUUGAAGGCCAUGAUAGUAUACUUGAAAGCGGUGCAAGCUAAUUUAGGAAAAGACGGUCAAAAUGAAGCGACCAAUGAAAGUAAACACCGAGAGCUUAUUGAAACUACUAUGUUGAAGUGCUUUUUACAGGUGAAUUUUGAUGUUACAAAUCUAAUACAAACGAGUAACAAUAUUUGUGUGGAAGAAGCAGACAAGAAAUUGUUACAACAUAAGAAAUACAGCGAAUUAGUUAUGUUGUAUCAAAAGUACGGGCAGCACAUGAAAGCGCUGCAGCUGCUAAAAGACCAUGCAAAACAAACAGAUUCCUGCUUAGUUGGCUAUCAAAGAACGGUGAAUUAUUUGCAACAACUUGGUGCUGAACACAUAAACUUAAUAUUCCAAUUCUCUGAUUGGGUACUGAAAGAUCAUCCAGAGGAAGGUUUGAAGAUAUUUAUUGAAGAUAAAGUAGAAAUAGAGAACUUGCCCCGUUCGAAGAUAUUAGACUUCCUGCUGAGACAGCACGAGUCCCUUGUGAUCCCCUACCUGGAGCACGUGAUCCACACGUGGAACGAUACGAACUCAUUGUUCCACGACGCGCUCAUCAACAUGUACCGAGACAAGAUCACGGACAAGAAGGCAAACCUGACUGACGCUGAGGUGCAACACACCAAGUCCAAGCUUAUUGCGUUUCUAGAAAAAUCCGCGCAUUACAUGCCUGAAAGAGUUCUGGUGCACUUCCCGGUUGAUAAACUAUUCGAGGAAAGAGCCAUCAUUUACGGAAAAUUGGGACGCCAUGAGCAGGCACUUGCUAUUUACGUACUAAUAUUAGGGGAUGUAGAUAAAGCGGUGCGACACUGCGAAAAUUCCAGUACAGAUCCAAGUAACAAAAGCCAAGACGUUUAUGUCAUAUUGAUGCGCAUCCUCAUUAACCCUGAAAAAGAGAGUGCGCGCGAAAUGAUCAGUAAGCUGUUGGCUAAUGCGACGAUGCAUCCGAAGACUUCUGUUCCAAACUUAGAGCGGACACUCGAUAUAUUAGAGGAUCAUGUUGAUAAAGUGUCACCAUUGGGUGUCCUAUCGGUGUUGCCAGAUACAGUGCCUCUGUGUCGUUUGAAAAAAAUAUUAGAGAAUGUUCUGGAGAGUCAGUUCGCUUUGGCCCGUCAGGUGCAGAUUGUUAAAGGACUGUCACAGGCUGAACAUGAACAGAUUGAAGAUAUGAACCAGUACUACGAGUCACAGGGGUCGCUGAUCACAGACAGUGACGCGUGUCCUGUGUGCAAGAAGCACUUCGGUAACCAAACCGCCCUAGUCAGAUACCCUAACGGUGUUAUAGUACAUUUUCAUUGUAAACUUAGAUAA